GCCGCCGAGGUUUGCGGCGCGGAGCGGCGGGGAAGACUUUGCGCAGCGGACCGUCGGUGCGGGCGGUUCCGGGCGGUGCCAGAAGCAAGAGCUUGGGCUGCAUCUCUGAGUUUAGACCUCCAACCUCAGCAUCCUGAUCUGGUAUUGCCUUUGGGAGGAUGAAUCAGGAUAGUUACUCAAGUGAUCAGCCCACGGACCAGGACCCACUCCUACUGCUGAAAACCCUUCAGCUUCUCUGGACAAAGCAAGAACUGGGGAAGCUCAAGGAAGAAAUCAGGCGGGGCUUUGCCAGACUGGAGGACCCUUUGGCAGGACUCCUGGCCAUGCUGGAGAGCAGCAGUGAUUGGAAGGGGAAAGGGCAUUCCCUGGGGUAUUGCAUCACCACGGAGCUGCAGCUUUGGAUCAAAACACAUCCUGCUGUCCCACAGUCUGGCACCAAGCUGAAGAAGCUGCAGACCCGUGUGCUCGGAAUGCUCUCCCAGUGCCCAACUAAUCUGCUUGACCCCCUGAUUAGCAUUUACCAGCUCCACACAGCGGACCGGAACUGUUUGCUUGAACAUGUCAGUCAUCUUUAUCUCCAGGGCAAUUACAAAGAGGCAGCCACACUGAGUAUUAAGCUGAAAUUACAGCCAGAUCAAGAUGUAGAGAAGAUGUGUACCCCACUACUGCUCCAGGAUAAAGCUAACUUGGUGGAAGAUUAUGUAGCAGAAUAUCCUGAGCUCCAGAGGAAGCUCUUGCAGACCCUGGACAAGUGGUGUGACCCCAGCUUCAAUAUCAGAGACAUCACAAGACCAUAUCAAGGCCUUUCCAGGUACAAACCCGAAAAAUUUAACCGCAGAGUGCUCAGCAAGCUGGUCUUCAGGCUCCUGGAGAGAUUCAAUGUUGAUCCAGCUCUUUGCCCUAAUGUUAUAAAUCAGCGGCACUUGAGAACCCUGAAUUACCUCUUCUAUAAGAGAUUUGUUGAGAAAACCAUGACUGAGGAGAAUUGGGCAGACCACAUUCAGAGCACAGUUGGGGAGAACCGCUGGCUCCAAGGGCAGCUGGUGCAGUCACUGCUCCGUCACUGCGAUGCGUGCGGGGCGGCGCGGUGGGCGCAGCGCUACCAGGUGCCCCCUGAGAUGCUGCCUCAAGCCGUGGCUGAGGAGCUGCAGAAGCUGCACAUCCAAGACAGGGUAGAAGAAGUCACAAAAGCAGACAAUUACGAGGCCAGUAAGAAGAAGGACUAUUACCAGAUUCCUAUUUCACGGGAAAAUAUUCACUUUCUGCAGACAUGGGAGGAGACGCUGCAGUGCUGGGAGAAGGUGCUGCAGCCUGGGCAAGUCGUUGGUGUGGACAUGGAGUGGAAGCCUUCCUUUGGCAUGGUGGGGAAGCCCCGUGUCGCCCUCCUGCAACUUGCACUGAAGGAUGAGGUAUUCCUGUUGGACCUGCCACAGCUCCUCAAGCAAGCUGAGGCUGAGGGAGAGAAGGAGAAGCUUUCCCGUUUCAUCCAGAUGCUCUAUUCAGACACAGCCAUCACUAAACUAGGUUAUGGGAUGUCUGGAGACCUCAGCAGCCUUGCAGCCACAUGUUCUCCUCUGAAAGACAUGGAGAAGCAAAUGCAAGGUGUGGUGGAUCUUCUUGCAGUGGACAAACAACUGCAGUGGGGGAAGGACAGCCGGAAGGUCGAUGGACUGUCCCCGGAGCACAGCCACGAAGAGAGAGGGGUCAGGCAGUCGGAGAAGGGACUCAGCCUCCUGGUGCAGCAUGUGCUGGGGAAGCCUCUGGAUAAAACAGAGCAGCUCUCAAACUGGGAGAAGCGGCCACUCCGGGAGGAGCAGAUCCUCUAUGCAGCCUCAGAUGCCUACUGCUUGCUGGAGAUCUACGAGAGGCUCUGCAAGGACCCCGAGAGCUUUGGUCUGGGUUCAGACCUGACAGACAGUCUGGUGGGAAAACCAAGCAAAAAACCCAGGGCAAAGAAGCAGCUGAAUAAACAAGAAGCACCAUCACCUUCUGGACAGUCAGAUUCAUCAGCUGAGAGGCAGUUGGUAAAACCUGGACUGGGACACCAAAAAAAGCAGACUUCUCCUGACUGCAUCCUGCAGGACUCCAAGCUGUCUUUCCCACUGUUUCCUGGUCCACUAUCUGAAGUGGGGGAAUGCCAAGGACCCAGAACAGAGCCCUCAGGCUGCCCUGCCCCCAUCUCCCCCCGGGAGUUCAGCGUGGUUUGUGACAACAUGCUGCAGGGCCUGGGGCGCUACCUGCGCUGCCUGGGCGUGGAUGUCCGGCUACUGGACAAUGAGGAUGACCACAGGAAAGCUGCUGAGAUUGCCCGACAGGAAGGAAGAGUCAUUUUGACCUCUGGACUCCCAUAUCAGACUCUGCGCUCCCAGGUGGGAGAAGGAAGGUGUUUCUCUGUGAACUGCUCGGAGAAGGCAAAGGAACAGGCGCUGCAGGUGCUGAAGCACUUCAACGUGCAGGUGUCCCUGAGAGACAUCUUCAGCCGCUGCCAGGUGUGCAAUUGCAACAAGUACCUGAAGGUCUCACGGGAGAGGAUGAGGCAGCUGGUGGAGAACAGCAGACAAGCAUCAGAGGAGCACAGUGCAGGCUGCCCAGGGAGCCAGAGCUGCGAUGCCACUGUGCCAGUCUGUGAAACAGCCCAGCCUGGCUGUGCCCCACACGGUGAGCAGCCAGAGGGGAUGGAGCAGGACAGGGCAGCCACGGUGUUGGCAGGGGACACGGUCCUGCAGGUUGCUGCCAUCCCCCACAGGGUGCUGGACAGAGCCGAGCUCACUCACUUCUACUGCUGCACCCACUGUGGGAAAGUGUUUUGGGAAGGGUCCCAUUUUGGACGCGUCGUCUCCCAGUUUCAGGAUGUGCUUGUGGCCUCUGGGGACACACAGAGUGUCUAUGAGCUGAGCUAAGCUGAGCUGAGCUGAGCUGAGCUGAGCUGAGCUGAGGGGAAGCACAGCAGCUUCACAGGGGAAUGCCUGGGGAGCCUCAGCAGAUUUUGGGCCUUGGAUUUCCAGAGAGAGGCUGGAAGUGGGGAGGGAGGAAUUCUCAUUUUGGGAUCCACCACUGACAGCACUGUCACAGAUGCACCAGUGGUUUGCAACAGCCCAAAAGUAUGUGGCCUUCAUGAGAUCAUUAAAGCAGAGGUAGCUGAAGAAUGGACCCUUUGCUUUAUUUCUGCCCCUCUCCAGCCUACAAAUGGCAAGAUGUUGGCAGAGCUCUGCUGACCAAAACCCCACCCCAUCAGUGCUGACCCCACCACACCCACACACCCCAGUGCCCCUCUGCCCACUCACUUGUGGGGGAGCAGGAGCUGCAUCCCCAACAGCAGCACAGGUCAGAGAGCAUCCUGAGCACUCCCAGUCUGUGGGACAUGUGCCACGCCUCAACCCAUCCCCAGCAUCCUCUUCAUCCUGACCCUGAGCUCCCAGCAUUCCUUGGAGGCAGCUGGUGGGUGCAGACAUGGAGGUCUGGGGAGGCUGAGCAUUGCUGGGCUCAUGGAAAUCUCUGGGUGCACCACAGUGCCCACUGGCACCUGCACCCACUGUGCUGGGGCCUGGGAUGCCCAGGCAGGGCCAUGCUGGUUCUGAGGGGGCUCCCACUGAUGCCCAGCCUCCUCCUCCCCUGGGGAGGUGCCUCAGGACUGCCCUGUGCCCAGGCACUGUGCAGGGUGCACAGGAGAGGCAGUGACAUGUGUGGGCCCACCAGUACCAGGAACUGAAUCACUGGUGGGACUGCCCAGCAUCUAGAGGAGACUGCAUGUGCCUUAGAGAUCCUAGGGUAGGUCCUGCUGCUCCAGGGGGCUGCUGUCCAGUGCCUUCCAAUUCAUGGCCAGGCUCACACCAUUCCAUUCUGAACAGAGGAGCAUCUGCAAAAUUCCUCCUCUAAUCUGGUUUAACUGCCAGGCCCUGCUGUUAUUGUUGAGAGGGCCUGAGGAGCUCUUGGCUGAGGUGUGACAUUUAUGGGCCAGCAAUGCACCUGCCCAGGCAGCUCAUGCUGCAGUGCAGGACUCAUUUUCCCUCUUCCAAAGCUCCUGGCCACAUAGUGCCAGGCUCCUUCCUCACAGGGACAUCUCACCCUCUGGAUCAAUGCUUUAAUAAUUAAAAAAAAAAAAAGCCCGCUUUAAAUAUUCUUCAUUUCCAUAAGAUCCAUAAUAUUAAUGCCUGAGCAUUAAUUGGUACCAGUGGCCCCAAAAGGCAGACAUCCCCACACUGCCAGUACUGGGCACUGAGCAGCCCAAGCCCCCCAGGCUCCACACAGACCCAUCCUUCUGUCAUCAUCCUCCUUCUUCAGGGUUUGUUCUGGGAGGGCAGAAACUAGGGAUGAGGCAAAGCAGGAAUGAUGCAGAGCCUCCAACUGCCAGCCCCCACAGCGUGUAUUGCUUCAUCAUGCCAUGAAAUAAACCUCUCCAAAAUGGGAUGAACCUUUCUAGACCCUGUUUAGGGGAAGCUGCUGAGCCACAUGCACAUCUGACCAGAAUGAGCAUUUCUGGCCUUUGCUUGGUUUUCCAGAGCUAUGGUUUCAUAUUCAUCUGCCACUGCUUCCACUAUGGAGGGGAGCUCACAGGAGACAGGCACACAUGGUCCUGUAACUCACCUGGGGACAGCUGCCUAGGAGGUGCUUUCCUUUUGAUCCCUGGGGACAGUAGGGUCACCUCCUGGCCAACUCCAUGACUUUGCUUGAGAGCUCCCUCAGUUUAGGGGUGAGCUCUUGUGCUUACAGUCAGGGCUGUGCUAUGGCAGAGUCCCAUGGCUGGGACUUGUUCAGGACACCAACCCAGGGCAGAAUCUGGCAAGUGGUGUGUACCUGUGGGCUUGGCAUGAAACAGCUCCUAGAGGAUUCCAUCCAGCUCCUGGGUGUUCAGGGGCCGUGGCUAGCACCCAGCACAGCACUCCUUCCUUCCUGCUGCCCGCAGGAGGUGGUGCUGUGGUGGGAAGUGUGCAGCAAGGUCACUUCCAGUCACAGAGACGGUUAGCAGCAAAUUCCACAUCAGAUCAGCCUUGAGGACCAUCCAGGAAGUAAUAAAUUGUCCUUUUUGAAUAGUGGAUACAUAUCAAAGGGACUUAAACCCGCUUUCUAAUCAGCUUACAAUAUUGUUUCCUUAUCUGGCUGCUUAAAAAAAAUAAUUACAAAA